CUUUCCUCUUGCUUGUUCAACAAAAAAAGAAAGAGCAAGCCAGCAACUGGUAGCAUUUCAGAGAGGCAGGACCUGAACUAACGCAACCCUCCCCAGCUUCCUCUCUUAUGGAGCACGAUUGUAGAACCAAAGGAGGCUGAUGCUGUGAAGCCAAGAAAGCUGCCCGCCCGCUCGUAGGGGCGGGAGGCUCUUGCUGAGCUCUAAUCUUCCCAACAAAGAUCGCCUGUGACUUUUUCUGGCUGCUGCUUUAAAGCUAAGGGGUGAAAAGGGGGGGGGAGAAGACGGGCGGAGAAGACGAGAAAACAGAAAAGAAGUGAACUUUUGAGAGACUGGGAAAGGGGUCGAGAGAGGAGUGCGGGUUGCUCCGAACAGCACAGCGACCCCCGAGGAACGCGGGCGAGAUGAGGGUGUUUCUGGGCCCCUUGUGAGAUGUUUUUGCAGGCCCCCUUUCCCGCGUUGCAUCCUCAGCCUAUGUAGUGGCCAUGAACCGGCCGAUGGACCAGGAGAUGAUCGAGCUGAAGAACUUGGGGCUGGAGAAGCAGCUCGACCUGACGCGGGGCCCGCGAGGCACGUCUGAACGCCCCGUCCGGCUGGAGCGGGCCAACGCCCUGAGGAUUUCUCCGGGGAAAGUGCCCGAGAUCUUGAGCCGCGUGCGCCAGAUCCGACUCCUGGGAGGCCAGAGCGACCCCAAACUGACUGAGGAGCUGGGCGAGGGGCAUGUCUUCAAGCCCUGCGCCCAAAGCCAGUCGACCUGGUGUGAUCUGUGCGGGGAGUUCAUCUGGGGCGUGUACAAGAAGCGUCUGCAGUGCAUCCACUGUAAGUUCAUCUGUCAUUACCGAUGCCGCACCCUUAUCCGGCUAGACUGCAGUGGCCCCAGAUAUGAAGACAGUGAACAGAAUGAAGGCAACGAGCAGACAGUAGAAAAAGACACCAACGUGGAUGAACAGAUCGACUGGGACAAGCCAGUUCUGUCCCAAACUGAGAUUGAGCAAAGGAUAAAAGAAUACAACAGUCAGAUCAACAGCAACCUCUUCAUGAGCUUGAACAAAGAUGGUUCCUACACUGGUUUCAUCAAGGUGCAAUUAAAGCUAAUACGGCCUGUCUCAGUACCUGCCAAUAAGAAGGCGCCCUCUAUCCAGGACACCAGAAAGUGCUCCUCACGCAGCCAGGCAGUAAAGCGGCGCACCUCAUUCUACCUACCCAAGGACACAAUCAAGCACCUGCAUUUAAUUUCUUGUACACGUGCCAGUGAGGUCAUUGAAGCUCUGCUGAAGAAAUUCAUGGUAGUUGACAAUCCCCGCAAGUUUGCGCUCUUUGAGAGAACAGAAAAGGAUGACCAAGUAUAUCUCCGCAAGCUUUCUGAUGAGGAGCAGCCCCUGCGUCUCCGGCUACUAGCUGGCCCUAGUGAAAAAGUACUGAGCUUUGUCCUGAAGGAAAAUGAAACUGGAGAAGUCAAUUGGGAUGCCUUUAGUAUGCCUGAGCUACAGAACUUCCUGCGUAUCUUGCAGCGUGAAGAGGAGGAGCAUAUUCGACAGAUCCUGCAGAAAUAUUCCCAUUGCCGCCAAAAGAUGCAAGAGGCUCUGGCCACCCGCACACCAGGUUGAUGAGGUGCUCAAUCCCAGACCCAGCACUCCAGUAAAUAUAAGAUGCCAUAUACAGAGAAGUGGUGAAGCCAAGAAGACUACGAGUGAAGCGAUCCUGCGAUUGUGUGGGUUGAAUGUAUCUCUGGAGGGGCGUAGGGUGGGAAGGGACAACGGGUUUGUGAGACCAUGACUGGUGCAUGUGUGUGUGCUCUCCAUGGAGUGAGUGGUUAAUAGAGAUGUUGCAUGCAUGAUGCAAUGGGAUCAGUUGGGGAAGUAAGGAAGUGCCUGUGGGAUGUGUUUGAAGAUGAAAAUUUGAGUAGCCUUGCUACAGCAGCUACUUUCAAAGUGCCAGGGUGCUAAUGCCACUUUUAUACCUACAGUGUGUCCAAAUGAGGUUUAUGUGGACUUGGUGUAAAGAUCACUUGAGAUUUAACAUAAGCAAAAUAAAUCAAAGUGGCCUCAAACUCAGAUGUAUUCCCAAGAAGGGAGGUGGCCUUAGCAAGCACCUUCCUUCAAAAUUCCAUUUUUGUAUUUCUAUCAGAAUCAAACUUUGAAGGCCUAUGGAUUGAUCUAAUAUGUUCAAUCAUGUCUUUAUUUGUCGAGUUUGAUACCUGUGGCCAUACAAAACAAUGAAGAAAAAGUCUGUUGACUCCCAUCUCAGGUGGAUCUGAAUGGGAGUUAAGAGUAAUUGAACCAGAAUCAAAAAAUGCCAAAGGAUACUCUGAUUAGCAGAACCCAAAGAAAAGGCAGAGAUCCUGAUUAUUUUUCUGAUACACAGGAAAGGACAUGCAGACCAAAAUGCACCAUAAUUGCAAUACAAAUAGUAUCUAGAAAUGAUAUUUGGACUAUGGUUGAUUCCACAGAAAAAAGGACUAUAAAAACAAUACAAUAGAGUAUUAUGGUAAGAGCAGUGAUCAAGGACCCCUAAAUAAUCCAUGGAAGAAGGAAUAGAGAGACACUUUUUAUUGCCCAGACAGAAUUUAUUUGUUUCUAGUUAUUAAAAAUCUGAAAACCAGGGAUGUAACAUCAUCAGGAUUCAGGUUUCUCUACUGAAGGCAACCAUAGCUUUGGCCACCCUCCUUUAUAUGUUGCAAUCUCUCAUAGACAUGCAUGAGAGGCAUUGGUGUGUUUGAAAGGCAACCUUGACUUGGGCACAACCUGGCAGGAAAUAAAACUGUGUAGUAGUUGAACUUCAUUGGUGGAGGGGAUUUUUGGACUGCAAUAAGUGUUUUUAAAUUCCAAAACACUCUGAAACACUCUCCAGACCAGGUAUCCAAAGGAAAAUGGACCUCCGAGUCUUGGCUGACCCUUCUGGAGAGUAGUUUUUAAAAUCAGGACUGUCUGUUAUCUGUCUUGAGAAUCCAAUGGAUUAAAAACCUUGGGGGCUCAGGUUAUGAAUGGCGCUGCUUGUAUAAAAAUCAAUAAAAGAUUCAGGGGUGAGAAA